CGGAGGGCACCAAUGGUACAGAGGGUAGGUACCAAGGGUAAUUCUUGGUGUUGGGGUAUUGGUACUUUUCUCCCCACCAUUGGGGCAAGCUAUAUAAAUACCGGAGACCGCGUUACCUGACCGACACUUGCCUGCGAAAGUCUCGGAGAAGAGAAGUAAGUACACGGUUCCAACACGAGAGUUGAUAAAAAUAUAUAAAUUCAGUUUCCCGUGAGUGAAAAAAGUAACAGUGGAUGUGAAAAUGUCGUAAAAAAUUUAGAAGUACUAUAAAAUAUUUUAAACGUUUUCCAGUGAGUAGAUGUGAAUAUUAACCAGCUUCAACGUUUUACUACAACUACUUGCUCCAUCCGCAAUGAAGACGUACGGCAAAUUCUACCAGCGCUACUUUCCACAGUUUAUCCCCGUGAGAUUCAUGAUCUGCGUCAUGAUGUUCACCGCAUGUUGGACAUCCUACAUGGCUCGUCUCCAAAUGCCAAUUCUUGUGGUCCCAAUGACUGCGUCAAAAAAUGGUUCGUCUAGAAGUGGUUACUGUGACAAGGAGGGUAGCGAAACGUCUCGUCAAAGAAGAGCAAUCUGGUAUGACCCUGAAAACAUUUAUGACCCCUGGACUUAUGAAAACGAGGUACAAGAUGAUAGUUCAGAAGCUGCGCCUCACAGACAGAACAUGAAUGAAAACAAUAUAAGUGAAGUGUUAUUGAGAUACGAACUUCGCUGGAAACGAGAUUUAGAAUUACUUGGUCAGGAGAGAGUCGACAAUGAUGAAUUCAGCUUGUUCUCCAAGAGAGUGUUUAAGUGGGACGCCCAAAUUCAGGCUCAGCUUCUAUCCUCUUAUGGAUACGGCAACGCUCCAGGAAAUUUCGUAGGUGGAAUUGUGGCUAUCAAAUGGGGACCAAAGAGAUCUAUUUUUUGGACUACCCUAAUCGCAGCAAUAUUAUCUCUGAUUAGCCCAAUUUUAGCCCAGAUCCAUUGGGGUGUUCUUUGUCUUUCAAGAGUAAUAAUUGGUUUUGCUGGUGGAAUUACAUUCCCUGCUUGUCAUUCAAUGGUAGCAAAAUGGGCACCACCAGAUGAGAAAAGUAGAUUCGUAUGGUCUCUCUUAGGUGGAAGCUUUGGCACAAUAAUAACGUACCCAAUGGUUGCUGCCAUAGCAGAUUCAAUUAAUUGGCAAACAGCGUGGUAUCUUCCAUCUUUAAUGAUGAUAGUCUGGGUGAUACUUUGGGCACUGAUAGCAUAUGAUUCCCCUGAGGAGCAUCCUGGUAUUACAGAUGAGGAAAAAGAAUACAUUGCACGAUCACAAGUGGGUAUAGUACGCCAAGAAAAACCAACCUUACGUCAAACUCCAGUGAAGAAAAUAAUUACUUCAGUACCUUUCAUCAGUUUGGUUUGCUGUCACUUCGGCAAUAUGUUCUUGCUAUUCUUUUAUCAAAAUUCCAUGACGCAGUAUCUCACUAAAAGUUUAGGAUUCAAAUUAACGAAAGGAGGAGCACUUGCUUCGCUCCCAUGGGCUGGCCGAAUGGUUUUUGGAUUUUUCUUCAGUUGGGUUGGUGACUUGAUCAAGAGACGAAAAUACAUAAGUAUUACAUGGCUGAGAAAAUUUGCAACAAUAUUUUCUCACUUAAUUCCAGGAUUAUUCUUGAUCGGCGUAAGUUACGCAGGCUGCAAUUUUGUAUUGGCUAACUUGUUUCUCGUACUGAGCUUGGGAUUCAAUGGCUGUGCCGUUAUUGCCAAUCUUUCAAAUAAUCAAGAUUUAUCACCGAAUUUUGCUGGAUUUUUAUACGGCAUCAUGAAUACUCUUGGAUGUACUUCAGCAUUCAUCGGACCUCCAAUUGUAGCCGCAAUCAUUGGUGAUGAGGAUUCGAUUGAAAACUGGCAGAUCGUUUUUUGGGUUGGCGCAGCUGUGUGCAUAUUCAGCAUGAUAAUUUUCUUCAUUGGAGGAAGUGGAGAAGUUCAACCAUGGAAUGAUGUUAUAACACCAGCUGAUGCUCCUGCAACAUCCGUACCUACUCCAAAUGCAACAUCCGUGCCUGCUCCAACUGCACAAAGAGCAUAAAUAUUGUGGAUUAAUAUACUAAUUCACCAUAGAGUUUACUUCUGACGUGGAAAUGUGGCUUUCUCUUCAUCAAAGUCGCAAUGUGAUUACUCUGGGAUUUCAAGUGUAUAUGGUGAAAAGUUCAAAUGAAUCGAAUGUAAUAUUAUAUGGUGAAGAAAUGUUUGACGAGAGACUAAUAUUGUGUAUUGUUGAUCACCGUUCUAUAUAAGGUAAUACAGUGUACAUUUAAGAUG